AACCAUGCGUCAAUCCGUUGCUCCGAGUCGCAUUUCACAUGCUGCAUCCCUAGCAUCGCAGGCCAAUAAUGCCUCAGUAACGGCACGCUUGCAGGAGAAAAAGAAAGAAUUUGAGGCCGUUGCUGCCCUUGAACGUGCUAGCGCUCUUUUCCUCAAACGCAUCGAAGGUCUUGCAGAUGAUUGCGAAGUUAUGGCUGACGCUGGUCAAGUACAUGGUCAGGUGCUCGAACAGUGGCCUCUCAUGUUCCAAAGUUUGAGUUUGUUCUUGAACACCCGGGAACAGCACUUGGAAGUCCCCAGUGACGGCGCCGUAACACUCACCGGAGAACGGCUUGUUCGCGUUCCGCUCGACGAGCUCCAAGCUGAUGCGUCGAAGCAACCUUGACUGCAUAGUACUGCGUCUACUUCGACAUACAUAUUCUUGAUGCCAUGUCGCAUCUCUGUCCCGCCCUUUCCCAGGAAACACCGGGCAUUGCUUAUCUACAUCAGCGACGACUACAAUGCAGUCGAUAACGACUCUUCCAUUCUGCCAAUGGACUCCGCACUUCACUUGCUAUAAGAUGAAACCUUGUGCACGUGUCAGCAAGGGUGGGUACAAUACAGUUUCGACUAUAGUAUCAGCGUAUCGAACCUUUAUGGCCACCUUGAACCUGCAAAGCGGAUCACUGAUUACAGAACAGACAUACAUUAUUCUUUGUACAAGUACUUGUAGCACCACUAGCAAUUCAAAGUAUGCAGCGUUUGGCCUUGCACAAGAGUGUUCGUGUAUCAUACGUGUCAAAAUGAAUGUUUGCGGCAGUAGCA